UGGAUUUAUUUGUACAAGUUUCUGCUCCUGGAAAACAAGAACGUUUCUUCCUUUGCAUAUAAGAAAAAAUAUCCUUCGUUUUUGAGAAUAAGGCUAAGAAUUUUGAAAUGAAAGGAGCUAGCGUCUCACGGAGUUUUGAAUUCAAAUAUAUAUUUUUGCUAUUAGUUAUUUUCAUUUGCGAAAUUGAUUCUGAUGACAAAAACAUUAAUAAACUUCUUAACAAUCAAGUAAUUGUUAGCAGACAAAUAAUGUGCGUUUUGGAAAAAAGCCCUUGUGAUCAAUUGGGAAGGCAGUUGAAAGCUGCCCUCCCGGAAGUUAUUUUAAGGAAUUGUCGUAAUUGCUCGCCACAACAAGCUCAAAACGCUCAAAAAUUAACAAAUUUUUUACAAACCAGGUAUCCAGAUGUUUGGGCCAUGCUUCUAAAGAAAUACCAAAAUGUUUAAGGCUGUAUUCACCCAAUAGAAAAGCUAAACCACUAAGGUUAUGAAGUUAAUAUUAAGUAUUCCACAAUCUUGCUUAAAUUUCCGUAUGUCAAAAGCGAACAAAAUAAAUACAUGUACAAUAUGAAAACAAAAAACAA